ACUAACCAUUUUAAUAUAUCUAGGCGUUGCCCCGUAGGCCUAUCCUAUGCUCUGCCAGGAAUAUGACGCUAAAAAAUCGUAUAUUCCUGUAGGAAUCCUGCAGCCCUGUGCACAUCAGCAUCUGCGCCAGAUGUUCCACUACUGCUUCCAGCCAACCAGAGCGCGUCCUGCACACAUUGCACUGGGAAGAGGGGGUGGAUGGAAUUCUCAAGGAGGAUGUGUAUCGUUGUCAAAAUAAUAGUGGUCCUCAACGAAUAGAUUGCAGUGUAAAUAUUUCCUGAGCUCAAUAAACAAUGGACACCGUUGGCGUUGUCGUAUGGCUUUGUGUUGCUUGCAUGGUACAGUCGUCUGAUGUCAAACAUGGCGUUAUGUCGCGGGGAAAAAGCCAAAUACAGCCUUUACUCGAGUAUAAGCAGAGGUCUCCUUUGCAGACCGAUGUGGUCACUAUCCUGUCCAGAUCACAUGGAGACCGCAAUGUCUACCCCUCUGCCGGAGUACUGUUUGUGCACGUACUAGAGAGAGAGUACUUCAAAGGCGAGUUUGCCCCCUACAUGAAAGCUGUGCACACAGGUGACUCCAGUAACGACCCCAUCACGUUUAACACCAACUUGAGGGGCUACCCUGACAGGCCGGGGUGGCUGCGCUACAUCCAGAGAACCCCCCACAGCGACGGAGUGCUCUACGGCUCCCCGACGGCUGAGUACGUCGGCAGGCCCACCGUCAUUGAGAUUACAGCCUACAACAGACGCACUUUCGAAACAGCCAGAAACAACUUGGUCAUAAACAUCAUGGGUAACGAAGAGUUCCCGUUGCCCUUCCAGGCCGAGUUCUACAUCAAGAACAUGAACGUGGAGGAGAUGCUGGCCAGCGAGGUGCUCGGCGACUUCCUGGGCGCCGUGAAGAACGUGUGGCAGCCGGACCGACUCAACGCCAUCAACAUCACCUCGGCGCUGGACCGCGGCGGCCGCGUGCCGCUUCCCAUCAAUGACCUCAAGGAGGGUGUGUAUGUGAUGGUGGGGGCUGACGUGCCGUUCUCGUCGUGCCUGCGUGAGGUGGAGACGCCCCAGAACCAGCUGCGCUGCAGUCAGGAGAUGGAGCCGUCCAUCAGCUGCGACAAGAAGUUCCGCGCCCAGUUUGACAUCGACUGGUGCAAAAUCAAUCUGGUGGACAUCACCAAGGUGGUGACGGUGUAUCGGGAGCGGCCCAACCCUGGGCCAGGCGUGCUGCCGGACAUGUGGGGGUACGACCCCCCCUCUGAGGCCAUGGAGAGCAGGGACUACUUCUCGGACUUCGUGGUGACGCUGGCCGUGCCGUCGGCCGUGGCCAUGGUGCUCUUCGCUGUCCUCGGCUACGCCAUGUGCUGCCGCCGCGAGGGGGUGGAAAAAAGAAACAUGCAAACACCAGAUGUCCAGCUGGUGCACCACAGCUCCAUCCAGAAGUCCACUAAGGAGCUGAGGAGCAUGUCCAAGAACCGCGAGAUCUCCUGGCCUCUGUCCACGCUGCCCGUCUUCCACCCGGUGAGCGGGGAGGUGGUGCCGCCGCUGCACCCGGACAACUACGAGACCACCAGCAUGCCCCUCAUGCAGACACAGACGAAUUUACAAAAUCAAGUCCAAAUACCGCAACAGCAACCUCCAGGAGAAAAUUAUUGUAUGUCGACGUUUCGAAGGCUGGAGGUAAAUGGUAUUCCUGAAGAAAGAAAGGUUGCAGAAGCGCUGAACUUGUGAUUUGGAAUUCCACAUUUUGCCUUUCUAUCUUUUAUGUUCAUUUUGUUUCAUUAUAUUCUCUCAAGCAAUGCUGGUAUGCAUGCAUUGUAAUGGCCUGUUUCCAUGCUUUUCCAGGAGGGCCCAAUAUGGAGUCAAGUUGUAAAUACUAAAUGAACUUCAAGACAAUUCACAAUAGCUAUAUUCCAGAGAGGGGGUAUUUUUUAUAUAUGUAUAUUUUCCUAUUGAAGUUCAGUAGGCAUAAUUUGCUUUGUGAUUAUUCUAAAAAUGUCUCUACACAUCAUGCUUGCGUUGUUUUUCACUGGACCCUAGCAUUACGGAAGUGUGAUAAGCAGGAAGUGCCUCUGUUGUCUUUUGAAACAUAAAAACAAAGCAGACAGUAUCCAACAAAACAAAACAAAUCAAAUGUUCUGUCGAUGCUAAUGUUUUCACCCCACUUAUUAAAUGUUUUUUGAUGAAGCAGGGGUGUGUUUCCAUGUUCUCUGUCCAGGCCUUCUAAUCUAUUAGAGUUACAAACUAAGAGUCUGGUAUCAGGACAUUAGGUACAUGAAGCAUGUACGUGUGAACUUGUGUUGGCCCUGUCUGAAACUACUAUAACGAAAAAAUCUCAAGGUGGCUUGUUUCCCAAUGGUGGCUUGUCAGUGAUGAGUUCCAUCUUUAUAUCCUCUCCUGUGAAGAUGAUGUUCUAGUCAUUAGCUACACGUACGCAGUGGCAAUCAACAUUUGGUGGUAUUGACUGAUUUGAUUGGUGUGAUGAAAUGUAUUUAGAAUACUGGCAUUUUGGGUGCCAGUGGCCCCUUUUCUACAUUAACGUCUGCAUUUGCUAGUGUAGUGAUAAUCUGCAGUGAAUACAUAUGAGCACAUACAAUGCAAGUGCCUCAUUACAACAGCUGUGUUGAAAUGUCACUUUGUAGUAGUGUGUCUAUUUUUUGCUGUCAUACACUGAAACUGAGUCUAGUGAACGGUGGAUUGUAACUUGCAGUCCUUUAAAGCGCCUGCAGAUGGCGAUAAAUACUUGCAUGUACUUGGCCUUGGUAUUACAUGGACACUUUUCCUGCAGCAAAAGGGUGAGAUGUGGAUGAAUGCCAUUUAUUUUUAGUAUCACUUAAUUUGACAUCAUCUUGGAAUACUUCCAUAUUAAAGCUGGACACAAAAAGCUGUUAAAGCUGUUAAAAAUAACAACAACGUACAGGAAGAGAUUGAAAAUACCAUUAAAACAUGAAUAAUGUUGAAAACUGAAGGUAAAAUAAGUGAGAGAAGGCCUAAACACCUUACAAUGACCAGUUUAAAAAACUAAGCCUAAAUUAAACCAAAUGAGGACCCUCACAACAAUAAUGUUAACUGAACAUCACCGUACUAAAUUUAGGACUACAGCCCACAUUUUGGUUUUUAAUUUGAUAAUAUUUUUUAUGCAGACUUUAAUGAGGAUUAAUCUACCAGAUUAGGUCAAUCUGUAUCUGUAGGAAUAUUCUAUACACAUUAUGUCAGGGACACUCUUUUUUCUUUUCUGUUACAGAAACAGUCUUUACUCUUUAUUGUAAAAUCAAGUAAGUACCCUAAAACAUAAAAUAUUAAAAUAAAGUAUUUGUAAAAAAUCUUUCAAUAAUUUACUCUCAUCUCGCCUGCCCCAUUUCAAGUUGUGCAGUGACAUCUCAAAGGAAUCACCUUAUCUAUAAGAAGAUAAUUUAUACAAUGAAACAGCCCUUGGGGGACUGUCCAUAAAUAUCAUGGUGGAUACCUCUUCCGGGUUUCUGAAGCUGCAUCAGAAUACGUCACAUCAUUGCCUCUCUAGUGUUUAAUCUCGAUGGCUAAAGGUCAUAUUUGAGACGAGAAACGGAAGCAAGUACGGUGGACCGAAGAAGACCCCAGAGAUUGAACAGUGUUGUCAUUUUAAGAGAUUCCCUCUGAUGAUUCAGCAGGCGCUUGCAGUGGCAGAUGACAUUCUCUCAAGUCUGAACGCAGUCAUUGAGGUCACUGCUUAUGCUAACGUGUCACAGACUGAAAGCGAAGGAUAGCGGGGAUGCUAACGGUUGGCAGCCCAACUGAGGUAUGUAUUUGGCUAACAGUCGAUUCAGGGUCAAGUUUUAAAGACUUGGUUACAGCAGCUGAAAAGUUCCAGGCGUUGCUUCAUUUAAGAAUACUGCAUGACUGCUUUAUUAUGUCAACAUAAUCAGACUUAAACCGAGAUUAAAAAUCUUUAUUUGUACUCUUUUUGAUGUUGGCUAGCUAGCUAGGUGAAGUGUUGAAGAAGUAGUAGGACUCAAAAGAUAGGAUCACUGUUUCCAUUUGUGGAGGUAAAAAGAAAAAUAUUGUGACUCAAUUCACUUCUUUGUUACCACUCUAAAUUUGAUAAGCUGGUAUGGUCUGGGGUAGUCAACACAGUAAGCUUGCUGUGGUGUCAACAUCAAGUUGCACAGAGGUGUAAAUUGAGCAACGUUAUGUACGUUGAUGCAACAUUUUGUUGCUUUUUCGAUGGUUUGUAUAUUACCUGAAACUUUGACGUACCAGCCAGUGUCCUUUUGAUGAAAGGCAUUGCUCUAAAACAGGAUGUGUUGCACAUAACUUAGCUUGAGAAUACCAGUAAAUGUGCUUCCGUUGUUCACCACCAGUCUUUGUGUGUGUGUGUAAAUGGUAAUGAGAAAUAUAGACAAUAAAAGGAUAAUGCAUUUUCUGUAUCCUUGAAGACCAAGUUUAAAA